UGAUGUCGGUUUGAGGACAGGUGGGAGCUCCGGUUUAACGAGCCGCCGUUGUUCUCAAUACAAAGAGGGUAGAGCCGGAGAAACACUUUCAAUUCCCACUGAAAUAAAAACAUGGAAUAUUUACCCUAAAUUCAGACGUUAUCCGCGAAAUAAAAGUGAUAAUUAUGAGCGUUUUUUAGUGAAAAAUGUCCGAGCGAAGAGAGAAAAAUUCAACAGAAACUGCGCAGUCAUAGUUUAAUGGGAGCGGUAACCUGAGCAGAUAUGGCAGCUGACGACAAGGUUGCCAUCCUGACCGAAGACGAGGAGGAGCUGAAGAGGAAGUAUGUCCUGGCCGAGCCGUUCAACACCCUGUCCAUGGAGGCAGGCACCUCUGCAACGCCGGCGCCCAACUUGGACGCACCGCCCGGGCAGCCCCUGGACUCCUCGCCGCCAGACUCCAUCGACUGCUGCGAGAGGAUGUGCCUCCGCAUCAACAGCCACCUCCUCAUCUCCAAGAUCUUCUACUUCUUCUUCUACGCCGCCUACGGCUCGCUGCACCCCCUGCUGGCCGUCUACUUCAAGCAGCUCGGCAUGUCGGCCAGCCGCAGCGGGCUCCUCGUCGGGAUCCGCUACUUCAUCGAGUUCUGCAGCGCCCCCUUCUGGGGCGUGGUGGCUGACCGCUUCAAGAAGGGGAAGGUCCUCCUGCUGUUUUCUGUCUUCUGCUGGCUGGUGUUCAACUGCGGCAUCGGCUUUGUUAAACCAGCCGAGAUAAAAUGCGAGGAAGUCGGUGGCGAUUCUUCGACCACGGUGACCCCCGCGAUGACGACUUUCCCUCAAGGUAACGUCACGCAUCUGAGCAACUCCACCAAUCACACCAGGAGCCGCCGGAGCGUCCUGGACUUCUCUGGACUUCCUGAGCUCCUGGCUGAACUCAGCGUGCUCCAAAGGCACGAACGAAGCAUCAACGCCAACACGAUGUCACCCCCCUUCAACACCACCAAUGUCCUGCCGAAUACCACCCAACCCACCACAACCUCCACCUCCACCACUUCUCCUGCUCCAACCGAAGCCAAGGAGUACGAGAUCAUCUACAACAAAGACCAGGUGGAGACCAUCUUCCUCCUCAUCCUGCUCGUCAUCAUCGUGGGCGAGUUCUUCAGCGCCCCAGCCGUCACCAUGGUGGACACCGUCACCCUGCAGUACCUUGGCAAAGCCCGCGACCGCUAUGGCCUCCAGAGGAUGUGGGGCUCUCUGGGCUGGGGCCUGGCCAUGCUGCUGGUGGGAAUCUGGAUCGACCACACGCACCUCAACGUCGUGAUCGACGGCGUCGGCUGCAUCCCGCCCGACUACCGCCUGCACAACUACAAGAUCGCCUUCAUCGUGUUUGGCGUGCUGAUGGGCGUUGCGUUCGUUGUCGCCACUCAAUUCUCCUUCGAUAAAGUUGGCGACUACCUCCAUGAGCUUCCAGAGGGGGUGGUGGCGGAGCCGACGGACACCCCAAGGUCGGCGUCGGAGUCCAGCUCCUCAGAUCAGACCCCCAUUGCCCCGGAUGCCGCCACCGCCGCCACCACCGCCACCGCCACUCAGGGGUUCCACUACAGCGACCUCCUGAAGCUCCUCUGCAGCGUGCGCUACAGCUCCGUCCUGUUCGUCGCCUGGUUCAUGGGCUUCGGCUACGGCUUCGUCUUCACCUUCCUCUACUGGCACCUGGAGGACCUGAACGGGACGACCACGCUGUUUGGCGUCUGCUCUGUCCUGAGCCACAUCUCCGAGCUCGCCGCUUACUUCACCAGCCACAAGUUCAUUGAGCUGGUCGGACACAUCAGAGUGCUGUACAUCGGCUUGGCCUGCAACACGGCUCGUUACCUGUACAUCUCCUACCUGCAGAACGCCUGGACCGUCCUGCCCAUGGAGGUCCUUCAAGGUGUGACCCAUGCCUCAGUUUGGGCCGCGUGUAUCUCCUUCCUGAGCGCCGCCGUGCCCCCCGCCCUGAGGACGUCGGCGCAGGGAAUCCUGCAGGGCCUCCACCUUGGCCUGGGCCGCGGCUGCGGAGCCAUGGUGGGAGGAGUGUUCGUCAAUUAUUUUGGUGCUGCAGCGACGUUCAGAGGAAUCGGCAUGGCGUCCCUCGUCAUCCUCCUCAUCUUCUCCUUAAUCCAGUGGCUGAGUGGAGAGACUGAGGGCAAAGAGGACAAAAUGUUAGCUGAGAACAUCCCGGUCCCCUCCAGCCCCGUUCCCAUCGCCACCAUCGACCUGGUGCAGAGCCAGGCCGCCGCCGUCGGCAGCCCGACCCCGUCCCGCCAGGCUGCCGCCGCCUUACCCGUCAAGAAGACCAAGCACCAGGAAGAUCAGGAGGACGUGAACCAGCCGGCGUGGGUGCUCUCCGGAGCCCCCUGGGUCACCGUCGCCUUCGCCGUCGUCCAGAUCAAAGAGAUGAUGAGCCUGGCAAAGAGCGGGGGGCCGCCGCCAGAGACUCAGCCACUACAGGUACCUAAUGGGCGGGCGUCGGCUGAGUAUGCGGCCGUGGUGAGGUCACGCAGAAGUUCAAACGAUGACAGCACAAAUCCGCCGCCAGCCGCCUCGGAACCACCCACACAACCCGACAACGCCACAACCACCACCACACACCCUGACAGAGAUCACCCAUCGUCAGACGGAGGAGGCCCUAACGAAAACCCAGCCUUCACAGCAGAAAACACAGACUGACCUUCUGUUUAGAAACUAUUUAAUUCACACACACUGAGCUUUAAACUGCAAAAAUAUCCAUCUCUGCAAGUCACUUAGUCUCAGAUUCAGUCUUAAAAUCUGCUGCUGUGGUGAAAUAAUCGAUAAUAAUGACACAACUUUGUACUUAUUUAGGUUUAUCGUAAAAAUGAGCUUGUAUAUGAUCAUGAAAUUAGGCAAAAAGAAAUUGAAUUAACUUUUAAAACGGUUUUAAGACUCAAGACGAGACUUGUUGUAAUGGGUUGUUUUUGCAGCGGGGACUUUGGUUUAAAUGUCGAUGAAAAUAGAGGUGGCGUCUGGUGGUAUUUGCUCCUCAGAGGUGAGCAAAUCCAACGCACCUCAGAGCUCUGUGCACUAUAUUAACUUCCCUUUGUCGGUGGAGCGUGAAGGAAAGUCCUUCAAGCAUAAAGAAUGUGCCUCUUGAUAAGUUAUUUAACUUAAUUUACAUAAAAAGUGAGGAAAUCUGACAUAACAGUGACUUAACUCAACGGGUUAAAUUCACAUUUAAAGGAAGUGAUAGUGACAAAUUCUUUAAAUGAGUUUAAUCUGUUUCCGGUGCAGUUUUACACAACAGGUCGACUGCACUAGAAAGACGUCACAGUCUUUGUUUCAGAUUUCAUCACUUACCAAAAAAAAUCAGAUUUUCGAGCCUCAUCAGAGGAUGAGCUGCUGUCAGAGACGGACGUUUGUUGCUGUAUAUUUGUAUGAUUUCCUGAGGAGCACAUGAAGGAGCCGUGAUGAAGAAGUGCCUCUUUAAACCUACUGUAAGCCUCUUAGUCAUCAUUGUUGUCCUAACUUAUUAUUAUUAAAUGUUAAGCAAGGAUCCCUUUACUGUAACACACUCCUACAGAAAGAUCUCCAACACAGGAUACUGAGGGUUUUUUAAAGGUUCAUUCCACUGUUUUUGUAUUGAAACUGCCAAUAGCUGACACACUGUAUCCACUGUCUUUGUCUUUUCAUUUUCAUGCCAAAUAAUUCUCAGUAUUCAGUGUUUUUGUGUCGUCUGAGCAGGAAAGCCUGAGGAAUGACGAAAUUCUGUUGGAUGUAAAAAAUGGACGAUUAAAGGAGAUUUUAGAAAAAGA